CUAGUGAAAUAAGUUGAAGCGAGAUAAGUAAAUGUUUUCUCACUUCAAUUUAAUGCAUCAGUUCAGCAAUGCAGCUAUAGGGAAUGGGUUAUUUGACACUUGCCUGGAACCAAUUCUCUUGAUGCUUGUUGUAUUUCAACAAGGCAAGUUAAAGAUUAUCGACUAGAAAAGAGUAUUACGAAGGGUUAUAUAAAUCAAUUUUGAGUCAAUAACUUGGCGUCAUGGCAGACCGUUUGACACAAUUACAAGAUACUAUAAACCAGCAAGCGGAACACUUUUGCAAUAGUGUCGGUAUUCUACAGCAGUAUUCCACACCCAGUAAAUUCCCUGGCUUUGAUCGCAUCGGUACACCGCAGCCGCAUCAGACUCAAGAAGAUUAUGCUGCUUUAUUCGCGACUCUCAUUGCUAGGUGUGCAAAGGACAUAGAUACAUUGAUAGAGAGUCUUCCAAGCGAAGAGUCAUCUCAAGAACUUCAAAUAGCCAGUCUGACUCGGCUCGAGCAGGAGAAUCAAGAAGCUGGUGAGCAACUUGAAGAGAUAGUGAGGCAAGGAGAAGCGUUGCUUCAGCGAAUUCAAGCUGCUCUGCAGGACAUAGCUCAGAGCCAAUUGGACAUGCAGAAUCCCUCAUCCACAACUGUGAUCAACAUGAAUCUAAAUACCAUUCCUAAUAUUAAGCAAGAGCCUCUAAGCUCUAUCAACACAGUGCCUUCAAAUAGCACACAUCAACUAUCAGAUCCUUCCCCUAACUCAAUAAAUCAAUGACAUAUUUAUGAUUUGUUAUAAUUAUCUUGUAGGAAAUUUUUGCUAAGAUAUAUAGUCUGUAAUAUUUAAGUAUGUCAUUAAUUUUGAAAGAUAUUGGAUAAUAGCUACUAUGUUUUUGUUUUAAGGAAAUGUUGAUUGAGACAAUAAACGGAUAAAUAGCUUAUAGUUAUUUUACAGUAUUGUAUCAGUAUUGUUAAGUUUUAUUGAAAAUAUAACUAGUUUCAACAAUA